AUGAUUGAAAAGCCAACACUGAGCAUUGUGUUUCUUGGUCGCGUUGAUUCUGGUAAAUCGACAUUGGCUGGACGAUUGCUACAUUCUCUCGGAACGGUUAAUGAUUCGAUCAUUGAAAGAUUGCAAGUUGAAUCGAGAGAAUUUGGAUUUGCCAAAACUCACUAUGCUAAUGUUCUGUCCAGAACAAGAGAAGAAACAAGGAGAGGAAGAAGUAUACAUUUAGCCUAUAGCAGGGCUGAGACAAAACAUUUUCAUAUUAAUAUUAUUGAUGCUCCAGCUGCUCCGUUUGUAAAAAGUAUGAUUAGAGGAAUAUCACAAGCAAAUGUUGGAAUUAUUGUCUUGGAUGCCGAAUCUGGUUCUUUGGAACAACAAACCGUUAAGGAGAUAUUAUUGACUACUCAAAGUUUAGGAGAGUUUCAAUUGAUUUUUUGUGUAAACAAGAUGGAUAGCAUGUUUGUUGCAAACUCGGAAACAAAAUUUAAGGAAAUUCAAAAUAGUGAAAUGAGUAAAAUUUACAAGAUGCAUGGAUACAAGGGAGAUCCUUUGUUGAUACCAGUUUCUGCUUGGACAGGUGAUAAUGUUGUGGAUUGUUGCGAUAUGAAAUGGUAUAAGGGUCCAACACUUUUGGAUGCUAUCAAUUCACUAAAGAUACCAACAUACCUUGAAGAUAAACCACUUAGAAUUCCAAUUUCAAAGGUUUACAACAAGCGUGGCAAACCAAUUGUGUUUGGAAAAAUUGAAUCAGGAAUAUUGAAAUUAGACUCAAAACUCAGAUGUACACCCAACAAGAAAGUUCCCCAUGUUACCAUUGAAUCCAUUGAAAUUUUUAGGGAACGUGUCAGUGAAGCAAAAGCAGGUCAGUUUGUAACAAUCAAACUGCAAAAUGUGCGCCGUUCAGAUGUAAAGUCUGGAAUGGUAUUGUCAGACAGUAGAAAUGAUCCUGCUCGAGAAGUGCUAUGUUUCAAGGCAGAGAUUAUCGUAUUGAAACGAACAGCAAUCAAGAUUGGUUACAAACCCACUUUUCACUGCCACUCACUACAAACCAGAUGUCAAUUCAUACAGUUUUAUGAAUGCUCCAAAAUGCCAUUAAAGACUGAAAGGAAAGAAAACCCAUCAGAACUUAGACGUGGCCAGGUUGCUCGUGUUUUACUGAAACCUGACAAUCCAAUCUCUCUUGAAACAUUACAAAAUAUUCCUAAACUUGGAAAGUUUAUAAUGAGGGAUAAUGGUUGUGUGUGUGUAGUUGGUAUUGUCAAAGAUAUCACAUUCGUUGAUGAACAUAUAUGUUAAACUUCAAAUAUGGUUAAAAUUUCACAAAUCUCAAAUCAUUUUGUUUUCAUUUCAAAGACUGAGGCAAAGCGAUAACGGCAAAUAAAAUUGAUUAAGUGCUG